GUUUGAUCAGGUGUAGCCACUCACUCGUCUGGGAGGGAUCCAGGGAGCUGGGAGGCAGCUGGAGAGGCGCCUGUUCCGCGGGGAUCGCGGCGGGUCGCGGCCGGGACUCGGAGGAGGCGGAAAAGUCUGGGUUUUGGUGUUAACUCGACUGAAGCAAGGUGCGAAGGGGGAAGACCAGCGCUUGCGUCUGCUUCAACCUAAAGUCAGGAGAGAGAGAGAAUGAGCCAGGCAUUCAGAGAUUCCUUCAAACCUUGACUCUUAUCUUCCAAGGCUACGCAGAUCUCCCCCAGGAAAAUACAGCGGCGGAGGGAAGAGAAGCAUGGCUGCGGGGAAAUUCGCGAGCCUUCCCAGAAACAUGUCGGUGAAUCACCAGUUUCCCCUGGCCUCGUCCAUGGACCUCCUGAGCAGCAAGUCUCCUCUCGCCGAUCACCGCACAGAUGCCUAUCAGGACGUGUCCAUACACGGCACCCUGCCACGGAAGAAGAAAGGGCCUCCUCCUCUCAGGUCCUGUGACGGCUUCAGUCACGCGGGCACCCUGCCCCAUUCCAGAUCCCCGUGGCACAACCCACCCCUGAGCCAGGACAUCAUCCAGGAGCACCCGCGGCCGGACUGGAAGGGCGACGUCUUCACCUCCAGGGAUCAUCAACUUCUGGACUCAACCCUGGAGUAUGUGAAGUUCUCCAAGGAGAGGCACGUCAUGGACAGAACCCCCGAGAGGCUGAAGAAGGAGCUGGAGGAGGAGCUGCUGCUGAGCAGCGAGGACCUGCGCAGCCACGCCUGGUACCACGGCCGCAUCCCCCGACAGGUGUCAGAAAACCUGGUGCAGCGAGAUGGCGACUUCCUGGUCCGAGACUCCCUGUCCAGCCCCGGGAACUUCGUCCUGACCUGCCAGUGGAAGAACCUCGCUCAGCACUUCAAGAUCCAGCGGACGGUCCUCCGGCUCAGCGAGGCCUACAGCCGCGUGCAGUACCGGUUCGAGGCGGAGAGCUUCGACUCCGUACCCGGCCUGGUGCGCUGCUACGUGGGCAGCCGCCGGCCCAUCUCCCCGCAGAGCGGGGCCGUCAUCUUCCAGCCCGUCAACCGGACGGUGCCCCUGCGCUGCCUGGAGGAGCGCUACGGCGCCGCCCCCCGCCCGGCCCGCGACGGCAGCCUCCUGGAGGGGCGGCCGGACGUGGCCCAGAGGCUGAGCCUCGCCACGGCCAGCGUGCAGGCCCGAGAGCCCGGCCUGCCCAGAGGAAACCUGCUCAGAAAUAAAGAGAAGAGCGGCAGUCAGCCCGCCUGCCUGGACCACAUGCAGGACAGAAGAGCCUUAUCCCUCAAAGCCCACCAGUCGGAGAGCUACCUGCCGAUUGGCUGUAAGACGCCCCCGCGGUCCUCGGGCGCGGACACGAGCCCCUGCCCCAGCUCCCCGGUGUUCCGGACGGGCAGCGAGCCCACGCUGAGCCCGGCGGUGGCGCGGAGGGUCCCCUCGGACGCCAGGCCCGGGGAGGCGCUGCGGGGCUCGGACAGCCAGCUGUGCCCCAAGCCGCCCCCCAAGCCCUACAAGGCGCCCCUCCUCAAGGCUCCCCCGUCUCCGUCCCCCUGGCUGCACGCCGAGGCCAACUACUGCGAACUGAGCCCCGCCACGGUGGCCUCGGGCUGUGACCGGGCAGCCAGGCCGGCCCUCGGCGCCCAGGACAGCUACGUGGAGCUGCUGAAGGCCAAGCAGAAUGGGGCACCGGGCUCCCGGAAUUCUGGCACCAACUACCUGAUUCUUGAUGACAGUGACAGGGCCGGGCCGGGGGCGCCCCCGGCGGCAGCAGCAGCAGCGGAGCAGAUGGGCCGGGGGCAGGAGGCUGAGUUCACGAUGCCCCUCCUGGAGACCGCCUCCUCCUUCAGGCCCAACGACUUCGUGUCCAAGCUCCUCCCGCCCGAGAACAAGCCCCUGGAAACCGCGAUGCUGAAGCGAGCCAAGGAGCUGUUCACCAGCAACGACCCCAAGGUCAUCGCCCGGCACAUGCUGAGCGUGGACUGCAAGGUCGCUAGGAUUCUCGAAGUCUCGGAGGAGAUGCGGAAGAACAUGGGCGUGAGCUCAGGGCUGGAGCUCAUCACCUUGCCGUACGGCCACCAGCUGCGUCUGGACAUCAUCGAGAGACACAGCACCAUGGCCAUCGGCAUCGCCGUGGACGUCCUGGGCUGCACGGGCACUCUGGAGGACCGAGCGGCCACCCUCAAUCGGGUCAUCCAGGUGGCGGUGGAGCUGAAGGACUCCAUGGGGGACCUCUACGCGUUCUCGGCCAUCAUGAAAGCCCUGGAGAUGCCGCAGAUUACGAGGCUGGAAGAAACGUGGACGGCCCUACGGCGCCAGCACACCCAAACCGCCAUCCUCUACGAGAAGCAGCUGAAGCCGUUCAGCAAAGCUCUGCACGAGGGCCGAGUCUGUAGGCUGUCAGAGUCCACGUGUGUCCUCCCAAACAAUAUAUCAGUCCCCCUGCUGAUGCCUCUUGUGACUUUAAUGGAACGACAGGCUGUCAUUUUUGAAGGAACUGACACGUGGGAAAAGACUGACGAAGGCUGUGAGAUUAUGAUGAACCAUUUGACAACAGCCCGCUGCAUGGCAGAGGCUGCACAUAGUUACCGAGUGAAUGCCGAGAGGAUCCUGGAAGGUUUUCAACCAGAUGAAGAAAUGAGUGAAAUAAUCACGACUGAAUUUCAAAUGCGAUUGCUCUGGGGCAGCAAAGGUGCGCAAGUCAACCAGGCAGAGAGAUAUGAGAAAUUCAACCAGAUUUUAACUGCCCUCUCACGUAAACUGGAGCCUCCUCCUGUAAAGCAAGCAGAGCUUUGAUGACUUUCCAGAGAACGUUCAGAUACUGCUUCAGGCUUCUCCAGUUUCUUCUUUGGAAAAACAUCAUUUGAAGAAGUAAUAACGUGCAAAUCUGACAACAUACAGGCUUUUAGUAUCCACAGGAUAUUAAACAUGUAAAUUGCACAGAGCACACUUAUUUAUGAGUUGUUUAAAAUUACUACUGAUUUUUAAAUGAAAGAUAAUUUAUUAUUAAGGUAACUAUUGCUAAUGUUGAUCAGCAAAUUUGAGAGAAGACACUAGCUACGUUGACUGGUUGCAUUCUAUUACUGAGGUAUUUAACCACUUUAGUUUUAAUUCCAUGUCAGGAAAGUGUAAAUAGAAAAGAAUUUAAAAGCAUGAAACAUUGCAGACAGUAUCAGUUGUAUGAUAUUCAUUAACUAUGAAAAAAUGUAAAUAGCCCUAUGAAAAUAUAUCUUUUUUGUGAAAC